GCGCGGUGAAGCUCGGCUGUUUCCGGAAUUCCUCGGCUGCAGAUUUCCGAGCUGUCAGGUGAUGGAACGCACCGCCUGGCCAUAGACGAUGGAGAAUGGGGACAACGAGACCUACAGCAACUCGAGGGGAGCGCGAGACCCCGAGUGGGCGGAGCCUCCAGCACUGCCUGCACGUGGUGGGCUUCCUGGUGAGGAGAGAGAAUGUCUCUGAAUGGUCCAUGCUGUGCAAUGCUCUGUGUACUGUAUGUCUGUCUGUCUCUGUGCUGGGGGUUCUCACUGUGACAGUAUGGGACAUAUAUAGGGGUGUUAUCUAUUUUAUAUUUUUUACCAACUACUACAAAAUGUUACAUGGUAAUGUUUUUCAUUAACCACUGCAGUGGCUAUAGUUCCGUGGUACUUAAAGUUGUAGUCCAAGGUUAUAUUUAUUUCUGGUUAUUUUUAACCUUGCACCAAAACCAUCUCUGUCACGGACAAUUUGCACCAAGGAAGCCAUCAAUAUUGAUGAAAUCAGGGUCAAUCCAGUUCUUCUGUGCACACAUGGCCAUCUGAAUUUCUAUGCAUAUUAAAGUGAGAUAUUUUCAAAUAAUAGUUCUGCUUGCCUUUCAGAAAGCCAGGCUGGAGAACUACUGUAAGAAAGAAUGUGGUAACCAGAUUUAGCCAUCAGCUGCCCUGCAUAUGUUCUAGCUAGCUGUCACACAAAUAACAGCAGUGAUGACGUUUGCAGUUUUGCUUCCAGCAAGAUGUAGAAACUACUCUAAACCUCUGUGUACACACUCGAGUGUUUUUUCCCCCCCACAAUUUAAAGGGACGCUGUUGGCAUGGUAUUUGCUUCUUAUUGAACUGGUUAUAGUGUUUGGAAUUCCCUGGUGCCAUCCUUUCACUCAACGUUAAACAGUUUUUAAACUUUAAAGGGUUUCUCCAAUGUUUUUUGGUAAGAUAUGGAAUAAUGCCCUAUUGUCAAUAUUCUAUAUGUCCCCCUUAAAACUAAUGCUCAAGGGGCAUUUUAAAAUAAGGUUUACUCACCUCAAUCCAGCGCUAGACAAAACACAACAAAGCUGCUUGGCACACUCCCGUGUGACUGACAUCACGGGAGCAGCAGCAAGGUCUCCUCCAUAGACACAGUCAAUUCACUGCUGCUGUCACCGUUGGCGGCUGUCAGGAUUGACCCUUGGACUCCACCAAGUCAGGUGGAGAAGAUAUACAGAGACAAAGUAGUCCCUACUCUCUAAUCUCUUAGCUGGGUUGGAAUGUCAGUGAAAUUCCAACACAGUGAAAAUUAGUUUCAUAAAGAUUCUGUCUUUAUGAAAUACUCAUUGUUUAAGGGAAGCGUGACAGGGCUACUUUAAAGGAGUGUCUCUCCUGAAUAACAUAUAAUCACUGAACUUUCUCUGAGUUAAGUUGGUGAUUAGUGCUCCUGUCUAACUCAGUGGGAACUUCAAUUUGGGGAAGCAUUGGUUUGGCUGAAAUCAGCAAGGAGGCGCAAUUGGGGUGGGGCCAAACACCAGCUUAGCCAAUCUGCACCUCCUCGUAGAGCUGCAUUGAAUCAAUGCAUCUGUAUGAGGUAAAUUCAGCCUCUCCAUGUGGAGCAUGAAGACUUUGAACGGCAGGAUGCACCUCCAACAAUGGCAAUCUGAGAAGAAAUGUCAUGAAAUACAACUUAUUCAGACUUUUUGUUUUGGCUUGAUGAGGGAGGAUAAAACGAACAGUAGACUAUAUCGUUAGGAAUACAGGUUUGUGUUCCUUUAAGUGAUUCUAUCAACAUAAGUGUCUCAUCUCAUUCCACAGCUGCUUGCUAACACCUCUACGUCAUACAUGCUAGUCAUAGUAUGGCUGUGUGGUUGGCUCCAUAUACUGCAAUUUUCCUAGGGAAAGAAAUAAUUUGAACUGGCCAGUCCAGCUCUGGAGAGCAUUGAGUUUAUGGGCCACCAACCUAUGCUUGGGCUACAAAAAGCCUUGCACAAUUCGUUCUUACUUCCUUACUCCUGUAUUGCUCUGGUAACAUCCUAUCACACCGUCCCCUGCCUUCAAUCAAUAGAAAGCCCACAAACCAUGUGUUCUAGUGGCUUAGGCUCAAUUGCCCUCCUUCCCAGGAGCUACGUUGUGGAGUUGCACUUGGAAUGGGGCUACUGAAUUGAAAAAAAGUUGUUUUCUACUGAUACAUAUAUUUUACAACUGCCUGUAUAUCUUAAUUAGCUUUUUUCACGUACAUAUUUUAAAAUGUACACUUUAAAUUUAUAAAGUUUAAAGGUUGUAAAAAGUGGUGCAUGACAAAGCUAACUUGCUGAGCUUGCAGUACAAUUCUUUGCAUGUCAUUCUGAAUAAAAUCUGAUACAAUAUACUUUACAUGCCUGACCUUUGUGUGUAGGGCACUGUUGUAUUUUUACUUUUGCUCUUUCAAACAACACAACUACCACAGUAAGAUCAGGUACUGAAUUUACAUUCUAUACUAACUAAGGUUGUGACAGUAAUAGCCUUGUGCAAUACUGUACACAGAUCUAGAAUUAGUUCACUCUAGUUUUCUACAUGCAUUAAUAUUGAAAAAUCCUUAGAACAUUUUAUAAGCAUGGUCCAAAUAAUUAUUCUAACUUAGAUCUCUGCAUUUCAUUAAAUGUAUUACACAUUUAAAACAUAAGAAGUUAAAAUUUUAUGACGGAUGUCAUUUAAAGCAUCGCUCCAGGCACCAUAACAACUUCAUUAAAAUAAGUUGUCAUGAUACCAGGAGGUCCGAAGGGGCUUUCUUACCUAAAAGAGUUUAAACUGUUGAGCGCUUAAACCGCACAGGUUGCUUCCAAAUCUCCCACCAGCAUCUAGCUCCUGAAAUUGCAAUUGAAAUCAGGAGGCAUGGAGUGCUGCCAGACAGGGGCACCUCUGAUUGGCUAUAGCUGUCAGCUGAUGCCCUAAGCCAAACAGUAACUCCCAAUUCAACUUACCGCUCUAGCCAAUCAAUGGUGCCCCUGCCCAGGAAUAGAAGAAACCGUGCUGAAGGCAUUCUUUCGGGUUAAACUGUUUGAGAAUAGUUUAACUCCUUCAGGUAAGAAAGCGCACAACUUUGAUAAAGUUGUUAUGGUGCCCGAAGUGUUCCUUUAAUCAUGGUUCCUGAACCUUAUUGCACUAAACAUGCUAAGACACUGAAUCCUCUUAUUCUCAGCCAUAUCGUUGGCGUAUUGAAUUUCUUGCAAAAUACAUUAACUGGGAGAGAAUAUUAAAUAAACAGAACUUUUUUUAUAAUUGAUCUAUUUUCCCAGCUAGGAGCAAGUGGAAUCAAAACCCUUUAUUACACCCUUUUAGCAAAUUCAUGAUCUGCACAAACCUCAGUGUGAGAAUAGCAAGUCUUACUGAAAUUUGUCACCAUUAUUUUUCAUUCUGAAGUAUAAAAGUCAAUUAGUCAUUUUUUACUCCAGACCAUUGAUCUUUCUGUGGAGGUGGAAGUCUACUAGACAUGUGUGUUUAAGGCAUAGGAAACCAAAAUUCAGAUUGUCAGCAAGUGACUGGAUUUGCCCUUGAGAAUUGACAAAACAUUGGGUUUGGGUGCACAGUUUUCAGCUUGGCAUUCUUUGUAAGCUAAGGUUUUGUUUUGCAGUGAUUUGUAUUUUUAUGAAUUUAUUUGUACCAUAUGUGCUAUAGUAAUAUAGUAGUCUUUUAUCAACUUAUUCUAAAUUUGAUCAUAUCAUUUUAUUGUAGUGAGUCUUUGAAUGUAUCCUUUGUAUGCAAAUAGUUAUUUAAUGCAACUUUGUCUUAAAAAAACAGACUUUGAGUAUUUCAUUGGUUUUUCAAUGCAAUCUAAUAAAGUAAGAACUAUUUUGUCUUAUGAUCAAUUCCCAGCUUUACAAAAUCUGACAAAAGGUGAUGGCUGGUUGCAGUGGUGUAUUUUGGAUUUGUGCUGCUUUAGGCAUGACUAAACUUUGGCACCCACCUAAAAUUAUUUAAAAGACACCUUUUCCUGUUAAGACCACAUCACAAUGUUUUGACUGACAGGCAUAUGCACUGACAUACUCACUGACAAAUACACACUUUCACUGACACACACUCUGCUACACAUACAAUGACAGACACACACAUCCUCACUGAUUUGACACACUCUGACAGACACACAUUUACUCAUAGAUGCAGACUGAUAGCGACACUCACACUCAUCGAUAGACACACACACUCAAUGACAAACCCUCACUUUUUCAAACUCUCGAGUUGGUUUGUAAAUGAUAGUUGUACUCUCUUAUGUGUGAGUUCAGCACUGAUGCACUUCAGGACAGAUACAUCUCUAGAAGAAGAAUAAAGAUAGUGAGGGAGAGCUACAGGUAAGUAUAUCUCCCUUCAGUUGCACCCUCAGGCCGCCCACACAUGGAUGUCCUUUUUUUGAGCCUUAAAGGCAACAAAGUAACUUAAAAAAAAAAAUUUGUCUGCCUUGAAAUUGUGUUUUUUUUUUAAUGUAACACCUAUAGUGCCUAUACAUUGUAGCAAAUGUGUAUAACAUUAGUGUUUUUUCUUUGUAGGAUUUAUUUGGUGUGAGCAUGAUUGUGCCAUUGUUAAAUCAUCAUGUGAAGUCACUUGGGGCAAGCCCUACCACAGCCGGAAUAAUCGGUAAGAGAGAUGGUGAGCCAUAGCUAUACCUCAUAAGGCGGGAGAGCGAUAUUUUUUAAAAUGAUAAUAAAAUAAAAUGACACAUGGGUGGUUUCAAUCAAUAAGCAGUUAAACAUCCUAGUCUCUGGUGAAAUGUAAUCUGAGUUUCCACACUUUCAUGGCAAUGGGUUUUGGUACAUAUUGUGGGAGAUGUCCUAAUGUAUCCGAGUCGUUUGGAAAUACCACCUGCCAAAAACCAGUUUUAUAGAACAGGAGAUGGGGGGGAAAAAAAACUACAGCCACGCAAGCCAUCGGGUGAAAUGGCCCACUGUGAAAAUCCUCAUGACACAGUAUGCUAGUUUAGCUCCUUGUGGGAAGCUUAAUUUAAUAACAAUAUUAUACCUACUGUGACCACAGCUCUCUGUCUCAGAGAAUUUAAAGCAUUUUGUUUCAUGGUUUUCUUCAUAUCUAUUUUGUUUUGAAGAUUUUGUAUGUAAGAAACUGAAGAAUCCUUUUUAGCAUGCUGUAUUCCCUAUAUAAUGUGUUGAAUAUUUACUUUGUGUCCAUUAUUACUAAUACAGUAUAAACACCUGGCCUAAGACUUCUUAACCUGCCUUAUUGACUCUGAUUUGUAUUAGAGUAGUUGGGUAGUUUAAUUCAACUAAUUAGUUGCACUAGAAAUUAUGGGGGGAAUUAUAAAAGUGAUCUAAAGAAUGAAAAGUCGAACAGUCAGUAUGGAGCCAGCAGUAUCAUGAGGCACAAUCCAUAGUGACAGCUUCCUUUUUACUUUAUUGCACUUUAUUAAAUCUUCUGAUCUUCUCCAACGUAUCAAGUUGGAAUAUUUGGCAACCGGCUUAAUCACACGAUGUUACUGGUACAAGUAUGCUGAUGUGUAUGAAUAUUGAAUGUUCUUCAUGUUUCUAAACUGACAUCAUUAUUUACUGCAACUAGGAACACAGAAAAACUAGCUAACAGAAAAAAAUAUAUUGUAUUUUAUAAUCUGAUAUUAACCAAAGUUUCGUUUGUGGUUUUUGCCAGUAUUGUUUUUGUUCCUGUGUGUAUAUUUAUAUACUUUUGUCUUGUAGGCUCCUGCUAUGGCAUGUUUCAGCUAUUUUCUAGCUCACUUGUGGUAAGAUACAGUCUAACUACACUUCACAAUGACCGCUUUAGUAAGAUAUGAAUGACAAUAAAGUCAGGAUAAUAGUAGCAUUGUAAUAAUUUAUUUAGUUAAACUCUUCUUUGAUUAGGGCAGGGCUUGACAAAUUUGUUUAGAAUCUAGGAGCAGGCUAAAAAAGUUAGAAGCCAGUUUUAAAAAAAACUUAUUUUAAGUUUAAUUUUCAACAAGAAAAAUGCAAUUCUUAAGGGACACUAUAGACACCAGAACCACUACAGCUGAAUGUAGUUUUCUGGUGUCUAUAGCCUGUACCUGCAGACCCUUUCAAUAUAAAUACUGAGUAUCAGAGAAAAGGCAAUGUUUACAUUGCUGCCUAGUAAGUCACUAAGAUGGCCGUUAAAGAGUCAUUGGUCAGUGCAGCACCUACGUUCAGUGUCCUAUGUUCAGUGCAGAACCUACAUUCAGCAUUUCUAUGAGAUGUUGAUUGGCACAUUGUUUUGCUGCGAAUGCACAAUAUCGUCCCUGAGCUGAGAUCAUAAACACUGAUUAUACUAGCCAUGGCAAAACUGGCACGGCGUGGGGAAAAAGGGGAGUAAAAACACCUUUAUCGUGUGAUUGGAGGGAGGCAGGUACCUAAAGAGACGCACGCACUCUCUGACUGACAGACCUCCCCAUUGUAUGUUGUCAAACCAUUUUAAAAGGCUUUGACUUCUUACCUGGGGUCCUCCAGGUGCCGCUCCACUCUUUCAUUACUAACGACAGAGUGUUGGAAGCUAUUUAGCAGGAGCUUCCACUAGUUCUCCUGCGGUAACAUCUGAGUGUAAAGCUAGCUGAUAAGAGCAUCAGCUAACUGCUUUCAGUCAGUGAGCUAAACCUUGCACUUCUAUGUCGUUCGUAGUGGAGGCGGGAUUGGCAUCUGGAGGAACCCUUUGAAGGAACACUUCACACACUAUAAUCCAUACACAGUCAGGAGGGCGCUGGUACCUCCCUCCCCUUAGAAUGCUUUGACUUCUAACGUGGGGUUUGCCCAACACCGUUCCUUAUCAGUCGCCAGGAAUAAGGCUUCCAUCAGAGGAGUACAAUCCAUACACUGCCCCAAACAGUUGUUACUAUAUAGUAAGAAUUAUGUGGUCUCUUCCUGACUUCUACAUGACAAAAACUAUAACUUUCUACAUGGCUGAGCAGCAUGAGGGCUAAUGGCAUCCCUAGCAAGGAGAGCCUGAAGCUUCUAAAACAGUUUGACUAAUUACCUUGGUGGGGCAGGACUUCCCUGGCACCAUAACCACUUCAAUGCACUGCAGUGAUUAUCGUGCUUAGACUGUUUCUUUACCUUUAAAAAAAAAAAAAAAAUUAUUUUUUUUAUAAGCCGUAUACCAGCUUGCUGAUCCUAAACAAUGUGUAGUGCUCUUCUUUGCCCCCUGAAAACGUAUCAUUCUGUCAUUGCUGAUUUGAACUUCCAGCAGGGAGUGUGUGUUUUUACUUUGAGAUAUUCUGAAGAUAAUUUUGUAGUUGUUAAUGUUUGCUUUGAAAAUCAUACCAAAAAAAGUAUUUGUGCUCUUUUGCAGGGGAGUUGGAGUGAUGUUGUUGGAAGAAGAUAUUCUUUAAUGACUUGCAUUGUCAUCAGUGCACUCGGAUAUGCUCUUCUUGGUGUAUCCACUAACAUUUAUAUUUAUGCCUUGGCUAGAAUACCUGUGGGUAAGUAAUUUGACAUUUGUGUGUCAUUUAAUCUUUGUUGCAGUUUUUACAUCACUGUGAAGAAAAAAAAAUAAUGCUUAAAGGACCAUUAUAGGAACCCAGACCACUUCAGCUCAACGAGUCUCGGUGCUAGGUCCCCCUAGUUUUAACCUUGCAGCUGAAAACAUAGCAGUUUCAAAGAACUGUUACCGCAAUUAACACUGAGUAAAUCGCACUUAUCUGACCCUGGACAUCCUCACAGAGUCCAGGGUCUAAUAAGAUCCCCAUAGGAAAACACUGAGUAAUGCCUUUCUAUGGGCGGGUCUGAAUGCGGCGCGCACCUCUGGCCGCGCAUGCACAUUCUGCUCCACUCAGGAGCUGAUGUAGACUGGGGAGGAGAGGUCGCCAGGUAAGGUAAGUGCCGAGGGGGGGCUAUAGUGCCAGGAAAGCUUUUUUUUUUUUUUUUUUUUUUUUUUUUGGGGGCACUAUAGGAUCUCUUUAACUAUAUGACAUAUCCAGCAACUAUCAUGACAAAUUUAAUGAAAUGUGCACCUUAAAGUGACACUUCAGGUUGAAAACCGUUUUAAUGCAAAUGAUGCAUUACGCCUCCUCCUCCCCCCAAAGAAAUGCACUUUUUGUUUUUUCUUACUGAGAAAAACCUUUUAUCUGCAGGCUUUCAUUCUGACCAGCUGCUCCAUAAGUGCUUGUUGUGUUAGUUCUAUUAAAGAAAGGGUCCUCAAACUCCGGCCCCCCAGAUGUUGCUGAACAACAACAUGAUUCUCUGGCUAUCUAUGUAAUUCAAAGAGUCAUGGGAGUUGUAGUUCAGCAACAUCUGGGGGGCCGGAGUUUGAGGACCCCUGUAUUAAAAUGUCCAACUAGCAUGAAACAUGAUUCUUCUAGACUAUCGGUGCUGCGGGCUAUUCAUUUCCUGCAUACCAUUGCACAUUCUUCCCACAGAGUUCUGUCUGGAAUCGUAUGCCCCCUCUCUUGCUCUGAUAAGUGCAAGGUGGUACUGCAGCCUGCAUGCCCUAACUCUGGGGCUGCUUAGGCCUCACACAGUCCUGAACAGCAGCUGUAUACCUGUUGGAGUAUUUACUAAGAAUGGGAAGUGGAUGUAAUAUCCUAAACGUCUACAAUGUCCACUCCAGCAGGCUAUGGAUACACGAUUUAGAGCCUGCAUAAUAAUCAAUGGAAUCUGAAUUUGGAGGACAUUUUAGGUGGGCAAUUCAUGAAAGUAAUUUCUGUUCAGUGAGAAAAUGUGCAAAUAAAUUACAGAAAGACAGACUGACAGGUAGUUUAUACUUAAUGUUAAUGUGUGUCUGCUUGCCUCACUUCUCCCUCUCUUGAAGGCUGUUUGGCUUCUACUAGUUUAUCUCAGUCACUGCUCUCAGUUGCUAGUCUCCGUACAUACUGCGAGUGGAACCAAGCAGGAAGAUAUUUUCUGAAAGGGGGAGACAUGGAUAGAGGGGUGGGGUUAUGGUGCAGAAAGUAACAACUUUUUUUGUUUGUAAAAAAAAAUUAAAAAACACAGGCUGGUCGUAAGGUUGACCUUAAAGUACUGUUGAUGUCUGGAGUGUCACUCUAACUAUAUGCUUACAUGAGUCCAUGUGCUAGUGAGACUUGGCAGGAUUUUGUGAGGCUUCUUCACUAAGCCAUGAAAUGUGGUGAACUGAAAACGUAAUCUCAAAAUUUAGACCAAAAUAGCUGAUUUGGUAAUAUUAUCCAAUUUCAAAAUAGUCACAAUUUGGCUAUUUUAGGCUUUAUUUUGCAAUUUGGUUACUCUGCUUUGCUAUCAACUACAAAUUGGUAGGUAUUUAGCAAAGUAACCCUUGUGAGAUUAAAACAUAACCUAGCUUCAAACUCCUUUAUACUUAAGACACUGCUUGCAGGCAUACCUCUGGCAAAUUUAUCCUCAAGUGAGACAUAUUUUCCUUCUAUGUUAUUUCUAACACCUCUAGACAUGUGGUUCUUAAGCCUGUAAGGAGGAUUGUUUAAAUGCCAUGAGGUUAGUGUAAUGGAUCUCAGUUUAAUCAUAUCCAUGUCGACUCGAUUGAAUUUGAGGUUUUUUUUGUUGUUGUUUUAGAUUCAGCCUUUUGUAUUAUACACCUAAUAUACUGCUCUACAUGUUUAUGGCUAUAGUACUGGCAGUUACAUAGUUAAAGAAGCACUUUGAACACAAUAACCACUACUGCUCAUUGUGUCCUCGCAUUUAAGUAGUAAAACUGUUUUGCGAAUGGACAUUCCUUGCUUCACUGAUGGGUGCCUGUCAGGACCCAGGUAAACUGUCUAACCAUUUGCAAACGAUUUGACAAUGUACCGUAAUAGGGUCCCAGGCCCCUCCUGGCACCAUAACCACUACAGGGCGCUGUAGUGGUUGUGGUGCUCGGAGUGUUCGUUUAAAGAUAAACUUUCCACUAUUUUUAAUCUAUGACUCCCAGCCACAAGCACAGCAGAUGACCUUCCUUUGUUUAUGAAAGUUGUGGUCUAGUAGCAACUAUCCUCUUUGAAGAAUAGGAAGAGCUGUAAAUUCAUAGUCCCAUCUCCAGAUCUUCCACAGAAAGAGAGAACAGGUAUGCAAUAUAUUAUCAUAAGCUAAACUAAAUGAAAAUCAAUGUUAUUCUCAUUCUCAGGAAUUUUUAAACACUCACUUUCCAUUUCGAAAGCAUUCCUCUCAGACCUGGUGACAGAAGAAGAGCGUCCAAUAGUAAUGGGGAGGUUUAAUGCUGCUUCCAGUCUGGGGUUUAUCUUGGGACCAGUGGUUGGUGGAAGCCUUACAGAACUACCUGGCGGUUUUUACAUUACUUCAUUCCUAUGCUCUUCUAUAUUUAUUAUAAAUGCAGGUAUGCUGUCUAGAACUGUAGAACUCUAGAAUAUAGAUUGUUUUAGGUUAUUUAUUUAUAGAAAGCCAAUAAAUAAAAAAAAACAUUGCAUCAUACUUGUAACAUUUCAGAACAGGAUAUUGCCCCUUGCCAAUCAUCAUUGCACAUGCUGUACUUUUCUUCCACUGAAUAUAGUGAAAGAGGAAAAUCAGCAGUAACCUUUCUACACGUCUCCUCAUUUACAUUAUGUGCCUCGGCUGUGCCUGGGCUGAACUCAAUAGUGAUGUCAUUUACUGCAUCUUUAAUAUUAUUGUAGAAUACAUGACCUGAAAAGGUUAAGACGAAAUCUAAGUGUUUUUUUUUUUUUAAUGCUUUACUCAACGGUGUAAAUUCUAGAGAAGUGAUAGUCUCCCUUUAUCUUGUUCAAUGAGGGCACAUGUGAAUAUUUAAUGAUUGCUAACAUAUUUCUGCAUAUAUGAGUCAUAUAAUAACUUUUUAUAAUAAUUUUUAAUAUCUACAGGUCUUGUCUGGCUACUGCCAUGGUAUGAAGACAAACCAAGCUGUGUUGCCCCAUUCCCUAAUGAAUCUUCAUUUAAUGGGAUAACGGAUACCUCUGCACUGAAAUCUGAUCUCACAUUACAUACAUACCAAAUGGAAAAUCAGAUUAUAAAAAAACAUAAAAAACAGACUUUUUGGACUCAGGUUGUUUCAGCAUUCAGGAAAGUAGCAGGUGUUGCUUUUUCUCAUAUGUGGGAGAUAUUUUUGGUCCGUUUGUUAAGUGCUAUUGCUGUCAUGCUGUAUUAUAGCAAUUUUGCCUUGGCAAUGGAAGAAAGAUUUCAUAUGACUCCACGUAUGACAGGCUAUUUAAUAAGUUAUGGCAGCACCCUGGGUGUCCUUGCUGGAUUUUUACUUGGACCCCUUUCCAGGAUUUACAAGCACAAUUCAUACAUUAUGUUGUUACAUUCAAACAUUCUCACAUUUUUUUCAAUACUGGUGUAUUCACUGGCACCAAAGAUGUGGAUAGUCGUCCUGGCUUUAACACUUUUGGCAUUUUCAACCAAUAUAGGAAGAACUUGUAUAGUUGAUCUUGAACUGACCCAAGGUGUAAAACAUGGAAGUGGUACACUUAUUGGAGUUGGACAAUCUGUAACAUCAGUGGGGCGCAUACUUGUCCCUCUGUGGUCAGGAAUUGCUCAAGAAUAUAGUCCUUGCGGACCUCCACAGCUUGGUGCAGUAUUGUCGUUAGCAUCCAUAUUUCUAAUGUAUAAAAGUAAAUUAUGCUACAGUGGAUCAGCGCAGACUAAAGUAAAAAGUGCAUGAAAAGAUUCAAAAACAAGUUUUGAACACAGGUAACGAAAAUCUAUUAAAUCCCUGACAUGCGGAUACACUGAAAAGAAGUACAUCGUAAAAGCAUUCUGCCUUUUCUAGGUGCCAAUAGAAAUUAUUACUUGCAUUUAAAUUAAGAACUUAAAGCACCUCUGUCAUCUUCUGGAGUUUUUGCAUACUUUUAAAGACCCCCAAAGGUGGCAUCACUUCUUUAGUGGCCCAGGCAUGCUGUGAAGGUAAGAUGUACUUACCUGAUGCUGUUCCCAGCAGGCAUCGCUAUCUUCAGCUCCUGGCUUUUAUCCAUCAGGAGCCAACAUUAGUGCUUUACUCUUGCACAUGUGAGUACAACACUUAUGUCUAUGAAGGAAUUCUACACAUGAGAGCAUAAAAACACAGGCGCCUCCAUAGAUAUUGUUGCUUUAUUCCCACAGUUGUCACUAGCGACUACUGUGGGAGGUAACAAAACUUGACGGCAGUAACUCCGCCUUCUGUCAGUAUUUGUCAACUUGAGGAUGUGCCAUAAGACAAAGUGGUAUUCUCUACAUUGCCUUAUGAUAUCUUGACUGCACUGAAAUUUCAGUGGAAUUCCAAUACAUUCUUUGUGAGUAGUGAUGUCGCGAACCAUCCGCGAACUUGCCGCGAACCCCGGUCAGCUGACACAUCCCUGCCAAUCUCCGGCAGACCCUCCCUCCCAGACCCUCCU